AUUAUAAUAUAUUCUUAAACGCUCUCGCUUUCACUUCCCUGACUACCCUCUUCAAAGUGUCGGUAUAUAUAUGUAUGAAUGGAUCUAAAUCUUUCUACAGAUACGGAAGCUCUUCAGUCCCACUCCUCGUCUCUACUGUGAUCCAUCUGCCAUUACUGAUUACCCAAUGAUGAUGUUCUUAUGAUGAUAUGAUAUACUAGUAGAAAAAAGAGUUGCAUUCUAUCAAAUUACCAUAUAUUCUGUGAUUUAUAUUUGUGGGAGUUGAGAUGGAGAAAUAUGAGGUGGUCAAAGAUUUGGGAGCCGGGAAUUUUGGGGUGGCCAGACUCUUGAGACACAAGGAGACCAAGGAGCUUGUUGCUAUGAAAUAUAUUGAGAGAGGCCACAAGAUAGAUGAGAAUGUGGCAAGAGAGAUUAUCAAUCACAGAUCUCUGAGACACCCCAAUAUUAUCCGGUUCAAGGAGGUGGUUCUGACUCCUACGCAUUUAGCAAUUGUCAUGGAGUACGCUGCCGGUGGUGAGCUCUUUGAACGGAUUUGCAGUGCCGGUAGAUUCAGUGAAGAUGAGGCUAGAUAUUUUUUUCAGCAGUUGAUCUCAGGUGUCAAUUACUGUCAUUCCAUGGUAAUUAACACUCAGAACCAUAACGUUUCUCUAUGUAUGCCAGAUGCAAGAACUAAAUGCACUUUUGUUCUUUGUUUCUAUUCUUGUUUGCAGCAAAUAUGCCAUAGAGAUCUGAAAUUAGAAAAUACGCUUUUAGACGGAAGUCCUGCACCACGCUUGAAAAUUUGCGAUUUUGGUUACUCUAAGUCAUCUCUGUUGCAUUCAAGACCCAAAUCAACAGUUGGAACUCCAGCAUAUAUAGCACCAGAAGUUCUAUCUCGACGAGAAUAUGACGGAAAGUUGGCAGAUGUAUGGUCCUGUGGAGUUACCCUCUAUGUUAUGUUGGUGGGAGCAUAUCCUUUUGAAGACCAAGAAGACCCAAGGAAUUUUCGGAAAACAAUUCAGCGAAUAAUGGCUGUUCAGUACAAAAUUCCGGAUUAUGUUCACGUAUCUCAAGAUUGCAGGAACCUACUCUCUCGCAUAUUUGUUGCAAAUCCAUCCAGGAGAAUCACACUUAAGGAAAUAAAAAAUCAUCCUUGGUUUUUGAAGAACUUGCCAAGAGAACUAACUGACACAGCUCAAGCUUCUUAUUAUCGGAGAGAUAACCCGGCAUUUUCCCUUCAAAGUGUGGAGGAGAUAAUGAAAAUAGUUGAAGAGGCAAGAAGUCCACCUCCAUCAUCUGUGCCAGUCAAGGGCUUUGGCUGGGGGCAAGAUGAUGAUGAAGAGGCAGAUGUCUAUGCAGAAGUGGAAGAAGAUGAUGAAGAUGAAUAUGAUAAGCGGGUCAAGGAAGUCCAUGCAAGUGGAGAAUAUCAAAUCCAUUAAGCAAUGAAAUCUUUAACCAACGGUUAUGCAAUAAAAAUCUUGGCUUUCAGAUAGUUUUGUAUGAUAGCAGAUAACUGUUGGUUCAUUACUAAAAAUAUCAUUGUUCGAAUAAGAUCUCAAACUUCAUCGGUAAGUUAUAUAAUGUAAUUUUACCUGGAUUUUACGAUGGAUUGCGGGUGAAUGAGGAAUGAAAUCAUCUUCUUAUUUGAAAA